CGGAUCAAGUGCAGCCUGCACGUGCGAAUAUUAAACAGUUGCUUCGUGACAAGCAUCUGUACAGAUAUCGGCUAUCUGUGCUUUUAAUCAUUUUUCGUCCUGUCAACUAUAAAAUGAAGAUAACCUUCGAGUAUCGUGGUACCUGUACACCGAGAUUCAUAUAAUAUCGUCAAAACUUGCAAUGUCGAAACUCAUUUGGUUAACCUCAUUUGCAGUACACGGAAAAUUUUAUAAAGCUUCCGUUGAAGCAUGGCGAAGCAUACUGAUUCCAAGCAGCGUAGAUCACAGUGCGGAAUUCAUUAAGGAAAGUCAGAGAGGUACCAAGCGAGAGCCGCGUCGAACAGAAGAAGGUGGGCACGACACCCACGUUUGCCGACCACGUACAGGAUAUUCCAGCGUGGAAGAAGCGGAAAAAGGCUCCCCUCGUGCGACCCACGCGCGUGUAACCCGUGAUACUCCGACGGGUAAUGCACAAUCGUUUGCACGAGGAGAACGAGUUCCUUUCUGACUGUGCCGACAUAUGUAAACACUGGCUCGGGGAAGAUCGGCCCCCAAAGGGUAGACACACAUCAUCGAGGCCAUC